AUAAGACCGGCAUUCGAGUGAACUCGUUCGAAGACUUCGGUAUCCAAAUCAUGAGAGAACACGUGGAGUACGACAUUUUCGAGAUCCCAGUCGACGGUCAUUUUCGAGGAAUGGGCAGACCACCAGGUUUUGACUUCCCAGGUCAUCAUGGACCAGGCUUUGGUCAUAGUCCUUUCUGGGGACAUGGUUUUGACCAUAGUCCUGAAAGGUUCAGACAUGGGCCUGGUGAUCCCAGGUGUGGUCGCCGAGGAUCACCUAACAGGGGCUGCGGAGGACAUAGUCCAUUGAGGCCUGAGCAUCAUAACCAUGGACCUCGUGGUGGAUUUGGAUGUGACCGAGGAUCCCCUCACCGCGGUUGCGAUGGCCAUAGUCCAGUCAGGCACGGAGAUCACGGGCCCCAUCACGGAGGUCGAAGAUGUGAGUCUCCGAAUCGUGGCUGCAAUGAUCAUAGCCCCGCAAGACAUGAAGGAAACCAUGGACCUGAGCAUCAUAGAUGCGGUCCUCCCGAAGACGGCCACCGUGGACAUGGUGGUCGCCAUGGAUCUCCACACCAUGGCUGUAAAGACCACAGCCCGGCAAGACAUGGACCGGAUCAUCAUCCGCGCGGACCCCCUGAACACGGUCACCGUCGUCCUCAUUGUGGGCGCCCUAAAUCUCCUGGCAGCCAUUGUGGUAGACCAUCAGAACGCCAUUGCUUUGGACCUCCAGGUCGUAGACACGGACCAGGUCCACAUGGACCCUGGUUUAGACACAGCCCCGAAAGCCAUUGCUUUGGAAGACAUGGUCCUUUUGAUUUCCCUUUCGGAGGCCCAUGGAAGGGUCUGUGGGGCUUCGAUCAUCAUAGGCCUGGCUUUGGACGCCAUGGUCCUGGCAGACCAGGAUAUGGCCCAAGACCCUGUCCCUACAAUAUUCCCGAAGGACGACCCUCAAGAAAUGCUGACUGUGAAAAGUGCUGCGAAAAUGAACCUUGUUGCUCAAAGAAUAAGGGCCAAUGUGGACGUGACGGAGGAAGAAAGGAAAAAGGACCUUGUAGCCAGAAGAAUAAGGAGCAAAAUCCUACUGGUGAUACUGUGUUUGUGCAAAGAAUCGUUUUAGAAAGUGCUCCAAGGCCACAAUCUGUUUGAAGUAAAGACGUAGCAUAUGUAUGUGUCUAAACAUUUACUUCAAAUAUGAUACCAAAGUGGCCUUACUAAGAGAGGUCAUUCAAAAUUAUGAUUUGACUUAUCGCCGAAAACAGCUGAUUUUUGAUCACCAAAAGAUGAGGAAGAAAGGAAAUAUUGAUGAACAAUUAUUGAGGAAUUCAUAGGAGACCAAAUAAAUCGGAACGUACCAAAUACUGACUACCUACAACGAUACCUACUAUUUAUAAUGGAAAGUCACCAAAAAGCCGUUGCGAGUGGAGUGGAAGAAAAUGAUUAUGCUUCAAAAUCAACUUUGACCUUGGAACCAAACUAACCUUAGGGUUACAAGAUCGGACUCUUUCGGACAAUCCUGCACUCCAGUUAUGAGAAGAUGAUGAUAAUGCUGCAUCCAGGACUUUUUGGAGCCAACGACGCGUGUGAUGACGUCAUAGGAAAAACAUAAGUUAUAUUGUACCUAUCUUCUAAAGAUAGGUAUGAAUAUGCUGAUUGGAGAAGCUAUACGAGAAGUGCGAUAUAUUGACAUACCUAUUUAUUUUUUUUAUAAUAAAAUAUUUAUGAAACUA